AUAUUGCUAAAAGAACAUUUAGACGGGGCGAUUCUUACAUCAACACCGUUUGUCAGAAGGGGGAUAACUCUAAUUCGAGAAAUAGAACGAACACAAUAAAUAUUUGAGAGUGUUUCAGAAUGGCGCUGCCAUUGUUCACGUCUGAUCUGGCAAUGAUAAAAGACAUUGCAUCAGAGUUGUCAGCUUGUGGCUGCUGUGCUAGAUGUACUCUAAGAUAUCUUGGUUUAAAAGACAUGUACUUCUACAAGGGAGAUUCAAAGGAAAUGGAAAGCUAUGUCAAAAACUAUACAGAAAAGAAAGAAGAGGAAGAAAAUAUGUCAAUAGAGUAUGAAGAGUCUGCAAUAGUUGAAAGUAAUCAUGAAGCAAAGACUGCUGUAGGAGCUAAUGCAGCUGAUGAUAAAUUGACUGAUAAUAACAUAGUCUUGGAGAGUAAGCAGAUCAUUGGCAAUGGUGCAGGGUCUGGACAUAAAGAGAUAGUCGCUGAAUCUGAUCAAACGAACAAAUCUGAUUGUGAAAACACACACACUGAGAGUGUGACAUAUGUGGAAACAUGUUCAGAUAAGAAUCAAGAUGAAAAUAAAGCGAGUUUGAAGGAGUUUAUUGUAUGGGGUGAAAGAGACCCUCAAAUACCACAAUGUUUUGUCUGUCUUGGAAUUCUUCAGAAUUUUUGUUCAGAGAAAUAUCUUAGAAAAUUAAAGGAGUAUGUAGAUGAGGAAGGGUUCCACUAUUCAGCUUACAUGUGCUCUUUGAUGAUACCAGUCUGUGUUAUAUUGAGAGAGUAUGCCCUGAUGUUACAUUUAAAAGAAAGGUUCAGUUCAGUGUAUGAAAAUAAAAAAUAUACAGAUGUGGCACAGAUAAAAGACAUAUGGAAGUGGAGAUGUGGUCCUCUGUUGACAGAUUUACUUGGAGCAGCAUUUGAUUUUAAGAGCAAAUUUGAAGUCACUAUGACAUUCCAAUAUGAGAACUCAAACAGGGAGUGUAGCUUUUUAUUAGAUGCAGAAACAGAUGACACAUUCAGGAAAAGGAAGCAGGAUAGACGUUAUAACCGACGGAAGACAACAUUUGCAGUGUAUACUCGGUCAAAUGUCGCCAAAGCUGCAGAAGAUAUGUCCACAGAGGAAUUUAAAAGGAGUUACCAAUGCCCUCCAUCAAAACCACGAUCAUAUACUAAAUGUGAUGUCAAGUGCCAAAAUGAGAAUAUAUUUAUUGCUGGUAGAUACAACAAAUACAGUAGGUCACUGAGUCAGACACCAUGGUUAAUUGAUGGUGUAAGUAAAACAGAAUCUUCCGUAGAGGAACUACUUGAAGGAGAGAUAAAGAAGAUUUUCAAACCGUCGGAGAUAAAGUUUUCAUCAUCUGGACGAGAAGAUGUGGAUGUUCUUAUGUUGGGAAAUGGACGACCAUUUGUAUUAGAGUUGGUUAACCCAAGAAGAAGAGAACUAACACAAGAUGAGAUGACAAAAAUACAGAAGGCAAUAAAUGCAAAUACAAAAGACAUAAGGUGUAGAGAUUUACAGAUUGUCACUAAAGAAGAGACGGACAUUUUAAAGCAAGGAGAGAUCGACAAAGUGAAGAGAUAUAGCGCCCUUUGCUGGUCAAAGCUUCCUGUAACAGAUGAACAACUUGCCACAUUAUCAAAUAUUAAAAACUUAACAAUUCUACAGAAAACUCCUAUCAGAGUGCUCCAUAGACGACCUUUGGCAACACGAGAUAGAAUAAUUCAUGAGAUGUCAGCAAACAGAAAAGAUCAGAAUCAUUUCAUGCUGGAAAUGUCAACACAAGCUGGGACAUAUGUUAAAGAAUUUGUGCACAGUGACUUUGGACGGACGUUACCUAAUGUAUCAUCGUUAUUGUCUCAGGAAUGUGAUAUUCUAGAACUUGAUGUAACUGCUGUUGAAUUGGAUUGGCCAAAAACUAUAGAUACGGAGGAAUGUGUGACCUAGUGACCUAGAUAAUUCGGAAAGACUUAAUUAAUCAUCGUGAAAUUGAACUGUGAUUGACCCUAUCAGUUUUGUUAAAGAAUUGGUAUUAAAGUCUAAAAAGUAAAAAAAAAAA